AUGCGUUUAAAUGCUCUCGUGUUUUUGAGCAUCUUUUGUUGUUGUAUUUUUCAGUUCCUAUUUAAUUUCAGUUAUCCCUUUGUUAGGAGAAAAAGCCGGUCUCCUUCUCCUAGAUGGGACAGGAGCCAGUCCCCAAUUCCUAGGAGGCGUAAAAGCCCUCCAUCACCGAGGAGACAUAGAAGACGGCGAAGUCGAAGCAGCUCAAGUUCUCUUGUAAAUAACUCCAGCCCAAGUCAUGGAUCCGAACAGAACAGUUUAAUUGAAAAACAAAGGAAGGAAGAAGAAAAGAAAAGACGCCAAAAGGAAGCUGAACUUAAGUUGUUGGAAGAGGAGCUUGCUAGGAGAGUUGAAGAAGCUGUUAGGAAAAAUGUUGAGGAGUGUCUGAACUCUGAGGAAGUAAAAGAUGAAAUAAAACGCCGAGUUGAGGAAGGUAUCAAAAAGUUAUUUGAUGAGGUUGAUGCUCAGCUACAAAAAGAAAAGCAAGCAGCUCUCCAUGAAGCCAGGCAGAAAGUAGAGCAAGAAAGGAGGGAGAGGGAGGAGUUGGAUAGGAUGAUCGAGGAGAACCGGAGGAAAGUAGAGGAAUCUCAAAGGAGAGAAGCUCAGGAGCAGCAUCAGAAAGAGAUGGAGCGAUAUUUGGAGCUGGAACGGAUCCAAAAGCAGAGAGAAGAAGCCUUACGCAGGAAAAAGAUUGAAGAGGAGGAAGAAAGAGCUAAGCAGAUGAGAUAUUAGUAGUAAAGAAUAGGCACUGGUUUCGUGUUUGUGUUGUAAUGUGUUGCUCUCUUACAAAUGGGAGCAUUUAACUUCUCAGGGGCGCCUCUAGCUUCUGUGCCUGUUUGCGCUGAUAACUUUUUUCUGAAGUUCGCACAAUAUUAUUAGAGGGGAGAUAUGUUGACGUCUCCUUUUUCUGAAAGAUAUUUCUGCAGCAACUCUUGAGGCGAACUAUA